AUGUGGACAAUUGGGUUGUGUGUUAUCGCAUUGCUAGUCAUAUAUUGUACUCAUUUGGUUAGAAAAUGGAAGAAUCCUAGCUGCAAUGGUGUUCUCCCACCUGGUUCCAUGGGCUUGCCUCUCAUUGGAGAGACCCUUCAUUUGAUCAUUCCAAGUUAUUCUCUAGACCUUCAUCCGUUUAUCAAGAAGAGGAUUCAAAGAUUUGGACCCAUUUUUCGAACGAACAUCUUUGGCCGACCUGUUGUGGUAUCGACCGAUCCCGAACUCAACCAUCUCAUCCUCCAACAAGAAGGAAAAUUGGUAGAGAUGUGGUAUUUAGACACAUUUUCCAAGCUUUUCAAUCAAGAGGGUGAAUCUAGGACAAGUGCAGUUGGAGUCAUUCAUAAGUAUAUCAGAAGUUUAUCCUUGACUCACUUUGGCGUCGAAACACUUAAGAAAGGCUUGCUUCCUGAAAUAGAAGACAUGAUUAAGAAAACCCUGCAAAUGUGGUCAGCUCAAGAAUCUAUUGAAGUGAAAUACGGCUCUGCAGUUAUGGUUUUCAGUUAUAUUGCGAAGCACAUGUUUGGUUAUGAUGAUUCUGAAAACACAUCUGAAGAUAAGAUAAGCGAAAAAUUCACCAAAAUAUCAGAGUUUCUUAUGUCCAUCCCCUUGAAUAUUCCUGGCACUACAUACCAUAAAUGUUUAAAGGACCGAGAGAAGGCAACCGAGUUUUUGAAAGAUAAACUAGAGAAGAGACGCAACUCGCCAGAUAUGUAUCGAGGAGAUUUGCUUGAUCAGGUCAUUGCUGACUUGAACAAGGAGGAUAAAGAGAAGUUCUUAUCAGAUGAUUUCAUUAUUACAGUGAUCUUUGGAUUGUUAUUUGCUGGCUUCGAGUCAGUCUCGAAAAUACUGACGUUAACUCUUAAGUUGCUAGCAGACCACCCUUCAGUGUUACAGGAACUGAUAGCUGAGCAUGAGGGAAUCCUGAAAAAUAGACGAAAUUCAGAUCCCGUGCUCACAUGGGAUGAGUACAAAUCAAUGACUUCUACGCUUCAAGUUAUCAACGAAUCGCUAAGGUUGGGGAAUGGUGCACCUGGAUUAUUAAGAAGAGUAUUGAAAGACAUUGAAUUUAAAGGAUUUACAAUUCCUGCCGGUUGGAUCAUAAUGGCUGUCACUUCUGCUUCUCAUUUGAACCCUGACGUCUACAAGGAUCCACUCGCAUUCAAUCCAGCACGUUGGAAGGACAUGGACCCGUAUCUUGUAUCCAAGAAUUUCAUGCCUUUUAGUGGGGGAACUAGGCAGUGUGCAGGGGCAGAAUUCAGUAAAUUGCUCAUGGCCACCUUUCUCCAUGUCCUGCUCACCAAAUAUGAAUGGACCAGAAUCAAGGGAGGACGAGUUGUUCGAGGUCCUAUGUUAGCUUUUCGAGACGGAUUUCACGUUAAAUUCUCACCAAAUCAUAAUUGAAGACAUUAGUAUUUCAGGCAAUGAGAUACAAGAACUUGUAAAGUGGAAUUAGCUUAUCAGGAAAUGUGAUUCUGAUGAUGUUCUUGUUUCCUCAGCUUGUGCUUGCUUAAGA